CUACCGAGACGGAGAACCGAACCUCUCUCCGGGGACAGGUCUUCGUGACAAUUGCGGUCAAUCAGGCUGGCAUUGUCAGAAACGUGAUCGCACAUUCUCACUCGGAAGAGCUUGAGACGCUCGUCGGCGACCGAGCGGUCGAGACGUGCCUCGUCGAUCUUCUCGAAGAGAAGCAUCGGAUCCGUGCCUGCAUCAUCACCUGUCGAUUCUAUCAGACUUAUAAAGAGGCAUAACGAUCCUUUUGUUCGAGGCAUAACAAGAUCAUUAACGGAAGGUCAAAUCAGGAUAGAACAAAAUAUAUCUGAGGAUCUCAUUAAAAAUAAAAAACGUGCAACUGCAUUGGAGAUAUUUCGUCGAUGAAAAAAUCCCGAGAGGGAAGAAGGCUGUGACUCACGAGACCUAAAUACUGAGCUAAGAAUAUUAACUAUUGUACAUCGUGUCAUCUUCAGCUGACAAAACUGCGAAAUCGAUGUGAACCUGGAGAGAAUCAAGGUAUCCAGAUCGCACACAAGAGUCGCACGACGUUUCAGCCGGAACAAUUACGGACGGGUCUCCUGCUAUCGACCGAUCGAUUGUAAUUACUUUCGGAGCAGGAAGUAGAGAAAAACGAGGAGAAAAAGAAGACUCGUGCGAAGUGCUCGUGGAUGGGCAUCAAUGCAUCCCAGACAGUGGAAAGGGUUGAUUUUGCCGAGAAGCCAGCAUUGUCUCGAAACGGUGACCCGUUAUCGUCUACGGAAUAUUUCAUGAUCAUUUCUCCAUGAGAGAAACCAACCACACUAUCAUCGUAAUCGUCAUCGUGAUUACUUCUUAUCUACUACGUCCACGAUACCGUUCGGUAUCGUCCGAGAAAAAGUGCCAGACUGUGAUACUACCUCGUGUGAUAGAGAAAUCGUCUUGUGAUCCGUGUUUUACCUCACCGUACUCAAUGUCCACGAACCAUUUGAACGUGUUUGUGAGCUUGAUGAUCGCCAUCGCGUUUCUUGUGUCGGAAUCAAGAAACGCACAAGCGAACGGCUACCCCCAAUUUAACCAGAAACCUGCGGGCGUGCCCCAGAAAUAUUGUGGCAAGAAGCUUUCUAAUGCUCUACAGAUAGUCUGUGAUGGCGUGUACAAUUCCAUGUUUAAAAAGAGUCUAGAUCAAGAAAUGGAGAUGGCUGAUUAUCCGUUUGCUUACGACUCUCCCCCGUUCCUGCCCCGAGCAAGAGCACGGGGGAUGUUGAAUGGACCGUUCGCCGGCAGGCGCUAUCGAAGACAAUCGCGAGGCAUCCACGAGGAAUGCUGUCUCAAUGCGUGCACGAUAAGCGAACUGUCCAGCUAUUGCGCUUAAUUGUCCCUAAGCGCUUGUCCGGAAAUCAGUAAUCCUUCGAACUCCGCUUUACCGCUCGAUCACCAUGCAACCGAAUAAUCCCAGACAUAAGUGCAUAUAUCUAUACACACAUACACACACACACACACACACACACACACACACACACACAUUACAUAUGUACAAUACACGUUUGGAAAGUUUACUAGUUGCAUCAUCGCUCAUGCUGGAGACUGAUUCUAUAAUUACGUGAUAAUUAUGUAUAUAUUUACGUAAUUUUUUGCGAAGAAACUGACUCUCUUGACGUAUGAUCAUGUGCGGGAUUCUUUUCUUCACAAUUCCUUUCCAAAAGACGAAGAAGCAGCGAAGAAAAGGCAAAACUUAAAAAAAUGAAAGAAAUGUAGUCUUAAAAAAAU